CAAACGGGGAGGAUGAGGCCCUCGCACGGAGGCGACCUGUCCUGCGUCACGCAGCAAACGCAGGGUCCACUCAACAGUCUGGGGGCUCGGGGGUCCCGGUACCGACCCCGUCCGGCUUCCAGUUAUGACCCCGCCCUUCCCACCAAGAACCGCAGCGGAGUCGGGAGGGACGCCGGUUUUAGCCCCGCCCCCUUUGGCCGCGGGGCCGGGGCGGGGCGCGGCUGCCAGAUGUCGGGGCGGCGGCGGCGGGAGCUACGGAGAGCGAGGAGUCGCGCAGGCAGGCGGAGGCUGAGGGCGCCGCUGGCCGGCCCUCCCAGCCCUCUCCGCGCGGCUCCGCCGGGGUUCCAAAAGGAGCCAUUGUGUGGUCGGGACACAGGCUCACCCUCAAUGCCUGGUCCCCUGCAGCCAACCUCCCAAACUGGCCCAGAUGUGCAGCCCAGCCACCAGCUUAGGGCCUCGGGUGCCUUGGAAGAGGACUCAGUCUGCUGUGUGGAGGAGGAGGAAGAGGAGGAGGAGGAAGCAGUGGUGACAGAAGACAGGGAUGCAGCCUUGGGAGGCCCCAGGGAGCAUGCCCUGGACUGGGACUCUGGCUUCUCAGAGGUGUCAGGCAGCACAUGGCGAGAGGAAGAACUGCCUGUAUCCCAGCGCCCAGCACCCUCAGCACAGCCCCUUCGUAGGCAGCGCCUCUCAGUCAGUGGCCUCCCCAUGCCCAGCAGGGCCCCUGUAGCCAGUGUACCACCUGUCCACCGUCCACGGCCCAAGUCCACCCCAGACGCCUGCCUGGAGCACUGGCAGGGACUGGAAGCAGAGGACUGGACAGCAGCCCUACUGAACAGGGGUCGCAGUCGUCAGCCCCUGGUAUUAGGGGACAAUUGCUUUGCUGACUUGGUGCACAACUGGAUGGAGCUGCCUGAGACAGGGAGUGAAGGGGGUGACGGAGGUGGGCACCGUGCCCGUGCUCGGCCCCCUCAGUUCCUGCUUGGCCUCUCUGAGCAGCUUCGGCGCCGGCUGGCCAGGGCUCGGCGGACAGCUAUGGCAGGAAAGCGGCUGUCAUGCCCACCUCGCCCAGAACCUGAACUGCCUGCGGAUGUCUCUCGCUUUGCAGCCCUCAUGAGCUGCCGUAGCCGCCAGCCCAUCAUCUGCAAUGAUGUCAGCUACCUCUGACCCUGCCCUCCAGCCUGGGACAAUAAAAGCCUUUUUUCUA